AUGGCCACUGACCUCUGCCUUCGCGUGCUCAAAUUCUCCCAUGCUCUGGGCGUGCGCGCCGACAACACCAUCCCCUGGACGCAUCUGCAAGCCUCCGACAUCUUCGCCGUUGUCAGAGGCAAAGAUACGCAGAUUGCUGAUGGACAACUUUCCCUCGAUGUCGUUCAAGGGACGACGGUAUUGGAGACGCUCAAUGUGGCCCAAUACAUCGACGCCGCCCAACAGGCACGACGCGGAGCUGAAUCACACGGUGUGCGAUUGGAGACAGAACAACUACCCAUCUUCGGUAUCACAAAGGAUGCCCUGCUCGCGCUACGAUACAGACACGAGCCAGAUGGGAAGGUCCGCCAAUUCGCAACCCUCGUGAUCAAGCUCACUCAUACUUACUUAUCGCAGCAACGCCGGAUCCAGCUACGGUUUGAAGACGCCACACAAUGCCGCAAGCUCGUGACCGCUUUCAUGCAGCGCGGCAUGGAGUUCCAGGAGCAGCGUCCGGGCACGGCAAGGACGACACAAGCUCGACCGACUACUGGUCACGGUCCCGAACGCUUGCUGACUGCCACUUCGAGCUCGCCGUACUUCGAUGCUGAACAGACGUCUCGGCAUUUGAGUGCCACUCAUCAGCAGGCAGAUCCUCAGCAUGAUCGACAGCCCGACACUGUCACUCAAUUGCACGGUGAACACAUCUCCAAUUCAUCUACUACCAAGCAGAGCCAGGAUAUCGCUUCACAGGACAUGGGACCUCCGCGAUACUUCAGCCGUGACGAAGUCGCCGCUCCUCGGGAAGCUAUACCUGAACGGCCGUCCACCGCACAAAUCUACACAUCGUUCACUACGCCUUCGCAGCAGACAUUGAUCAAGCCUCAAGAGACUGUUCAGCGGCCAUCUGAUCCGGCUAGGGAGAGGCCAUCCUCUACCUCGCAUGUCAGCCAACUCGCAGCGAUCAGAGAAGCAGUGGAAGAAGCAGCAACGCCGCCCGCUGCUGCACACAAUAUAUCGGAUAUGAGGAUGACGACAUCAAUGGCUCAUACAGAAUGGUCCUCAGGCACUCCUGAGCUCACUACGUUGAGCUCUAUCAGAUCUGAGACAAUCGGAGCGCCUUCAUCCUCUGCUAGACCAUCCACAGCCGCUACGACUCUUCCACCGGAGCACUACGAACUUCCACCGCCACGUGUGUUGCCUUUCAAGCGACCGUCAAGCAAAAGUAGCAGUGCUGGCUCAAAGACUGCAAAGUCAACAAAGCCGGCGAUGGUCAUGCCGAGACUGCCUGUUCCCGCUGCUGCUAAGUCCUCCGUCGCCGUCACGUCUGAGAUUGCAGCGCCACAGUCGUCGUACAAACAAGUUGCCAGCACCCGGCCAGCGACAUCGUCUCCGCUCAAACGUACCAUGGAUGCAGCGUCAAGCACAGAAACGGAGCUCACAUCCUCACCAUCGAAGAAGCCGCGAACCUCUCAUCCCACCAACCCAAGCGAUCAGAUCCUACGCAAACCCUCCGGAAUGCAACAACUCCUCACCAACCACAAACCCCUCCCCUCCAAAUCCCCCAACAGCACAAUCCCUCGUCUAAACAGUCUAGCAGACGCCCCCCACGAGAUCGACGAGAACCCGCCACAUCCCCCCUCCAAACACCGCAUGACCCAAAACAUGCCAUCUAAACCCCCUGCUCAGCCCACUCGGCAUGAUACCGAGACAUCACUAGAAGAAUACGCGACACAAAGUCUGCCAGACCGACAAGCAGCACUGGAAGACUUCAUGAUGCGGAAUCUGGAGAACCCGGCUUUCACCAAAUUAUGUGAGGAUGUGGAGAAUUGCUGGCGGAGGAUUGCGCUGGGGCUGUGA